AUGAGUGAAGUUCAACAGAAAUCGCCAAGAUCGUUUGGUAGAUUGUACACCAUGUAUUACUUUCAUUUCCCAUUUGUUAUGCUAACUACAACCGAAACUAUGCUACUUCAUGCAUUUCUAUUGAUGUUUACUUUAUUAGUGGCAUAUGGUAUUUACGCUUAUUUGCCUUCUAGUAUUAUGUUUGCAAUCUCCAGAGCAUAUUAUUAUGUUUUUGGAAUGGAUAUUAGCACAAUUAACACUUAUUCAAAGUAA